GGAGAGUGUUAUUCGGGAUAAGCUUGAUCCAUUGGGCUGAAGUGCCGAGCGGUUGCGGUAGCCGUCGUGAAUGGAGGAGAGCAGCGCGCGACGCCAUUCGCCAACCACUCCCGGCACGAAGCCGAUUACCAAGUCUGCGGCCCUUGAAUGCCCAGUGUCGUGCACCUACCGCAAGGAGGCUGGUUCCUGAGGUUCCAUGGUGGGAUCCCAACCAAUGAGUCCACACCUCUUGACUUGGCAUGCCAAGCCUCCCUUCUCCUUCCCAUUCUGGCACUGUUGUUGACGUCGCAAUUUGCAGACGCAGGAUUUCGGUUCACUGUCGCCGUACUAAUCCCGUGUCGCAAUGCACACGCGGCCGCCCACGAGAUAUCGGGCCCAGAUAUCGGGCCCCAGGGUCUCGGUAGCACGCCCCUGAGCCCGGCCGAGCACAACGUCUUGGGUGGCAGGUCAUGUCUUGGCCUAUGGGGAGAUUUGCUUCGCCAUAAAAGCGCCCGUGUUCCGCCCGCCAUGCCUCGGUGUCGCCUCCUCUGCCCUUUCCCUCCCAACCCCCCGCCUUCUCUUUGCGUUCCUCGCCUUUUGGUCUGUGAUUCGCCCGAGGUCGUUGCCUUGGUAUCCUCCGUCCCCUUAGUCCAUUCGCUUGGUCUAACGCCGCCGGACCUCGCGUCCUCCCGCCGCAAGCAUGAGGAUCAACCAGAUCACGGGCGCAGUGGCCCUCACUGCCGCCGCCGCGGUCGCCAAGGAGAUGAAGCCCGACAUGGAGCGCGCCAAAGUCUACGACAGCGGUGCCAUCCACGAGCACAUCAUGGACUUGAAAAUGAGCCACUGGCGCGCUGAGAAGAGCGCCGGCGUGAUGGACUCAAGCGUCUGGCCCCGCCUCAACUACACCAAGUGCGUCAACGGUGUCGCCGCCGCCAUCCCUGGCGACCCGCUCCAUACGUUCAGGUGCAAGAACACGGACCUCUACGACUUCCUGCCCCACGCCGCCAUCGGCUCCCCGCGGGGCACCGCCGGCGGCGAGGUCGGAAGCUCCACCUGGGGCUGGUCCGACCCCGUCUCGGGCCGCGAGUUCAUCGCCGCCGGUCUGUUCCAGGGCACGUCCUUCAUCGAGAUCCUGCCCACCGGCAAGAUGCGCCACGUCGGCUUCCUGCCCACGUUCGGCACCCUGAGCGAGAACUCGCUCUGGCGUGAGAUCCGCGGCUACAAGCACUACAUGCUCAUCGGCAGCGAGCAGAGCGGCCACGGAGUGCAGAUCUUCGACAUGGCCAAGCUGCUGGCCGUCACCGACGCCGAAGCCCCAAAGACCUUUGGCACCCCGGACCUGACCGGCCACUUCACCGGGCUGCCCAUCGGAGCCAGCCACAACGUCCUCUCCAACGAGGAGGCCGAGUACGGCGUUGCCGUCGGCGCCCGCCCCCGCACCAGCGGCUGCGCCGGAGGUCUGAUCUUCUUCGACCUCAAGGACCCUGCCAACCCCAAGCAGAUCGCAUGCGACCCCCAGGACCAGUACGUCCACGACGCGCAGUGCCUCAUCUACCGCGGCCCGCAUACCAAGUACGUCGGCAGGGAUAUCUGCUACGGCUACAACGAGGACACCCUCACCAUUUACGACGUGACCGACAAGAACGCGUCCAAAAUCAUUUCGCGCACCUCGUACGAGGGAUUCUCCUACACCCACCAGGGCUGGGUUCUGGACCCUAACAACCAGGAGUACCUGCUUAUGGACGACGAGUACGACGAGUUCGACAAGGUCGCCGGCCCGGGCUUCGACCAGUACCCCGUUACCUACAUCUGGGACAUCCGCGACCUUGAGAAACCCAAGAACACCGGCUUGUACAAGGCCACUCAGCGCGGUAUCGACCACAACCAGUACGUCAUCGACGGCUUCUCGUACCAGAGCAGCUACACCAGCGGCCUGCGCGUGUACGACGUGUCCUCGAUCCCGCAGGACCCCACUGGCGGCAGCGUGUGCGAGGUCGCCUUCUUCGACAUUUACCCCGAGGACGACAGCGAGCCCGGCGGCGGCGCGGUGCAGUUCAGCGGCAGCUGGGCCAGCUACGCCUACUUCAAGUCGGGCUUCAUUUUCGUCAACACCAUCGAGCGCGGCGCCUUCGUCGUUAAGAUGACGAGCAAGCCCCGCUGCAAGCCCCAGGGCUGCAGCGCCGACAACUGCCUGCGCGCCAUGCGCUCCACCUCGACGGCCGGCCGCCUCGAGGAGAGCCAGAAGUUUUGCGGCGAGUUUACCAAGACGUACGUCGCCGACGUCGCCGUCGUGCCCGAGUACGCGCAAAAGGCCUGCGGCACAAACGUCAUCUCGCGCGUCAGCUCGGCAUGCAAGUGCCUGCCCACCGCCGCGGCCUAGGCUGUGCUGCAAUCUGGGUUUGGGUGUGAUGGGGGGUCGUACCAUACGGUCAUGGAUGAAGUGCUGUCGAUACCCUCCGUGGGUCGAUGGCUUGUAGAAAAUAAACAAGUAUAAUGUCUACGUUGCGUGAAGCCCUUGAUUGCCC